AUGUCAACGAAACCAUCCCACACACCAUCAAUCUCUUUGUAUCGCCAUCGGACGAAUACCAAUAUUUGUCCUGAUCUAAAGAGGAAACGAUAUGGGCCAUAUCCUACCACACCCAUAAGAUACUCCUCAUCAUCCGCUGAGACUUCCUCAUCCUCGUUUACCAGACCUUCUGCAACCAGGCUUGAUAUUUCCAGAACACCCAAUUUAACGGGUCGAAAUGGAUGCUCGACGUACACAGAAACAUCAACACCUAAAUCAUACGCACCCGGUCAGAAAGUGAUUGGAAGCGAUUUCGCCCAGACUGAAAAUUCAUUCGACUCGGAGGAGGCAAAUAAGGAUCCCGAUGAUGAAGCUGGCGAUGAUAGUGAUUUGGAUUGUCUUGAUUCUGAUUACGAGGAAGAGAGAGACAUACCUGACAGUCAAAGCCGUCCAGCCCCAUGGGAGAUUACGAUACUAAAGAUAGAAGAGAGGCUAUCGUACCUCCGAGCUCGGUGGAAAGUCGAUUUCACUCCCUCAACCAAUGCGAGUUGGGACAAGACGAGGAUGGCGAGAAUUACGAGUACACCUUCACUAUUAGUUCGGGACCCACGUUCCGCACCGAGUAGCUUCAAAGCUGGUGAUGUGGGUCAUCAGAUGCUAGUGGUGAAUGAGGAGGAUUCAAAAAUUGGCGAGUCUCUUCACCACAAAUUCGACUUGGACACAUUCGAGGACAAUCAUCAGCCUAAUGAUGCGAUAUUAGACACUCAGAAGAUGAAUAUACGCAUGAUACAUCAGCACCAAAAUGUGGAGGACGGUGGGAUCUCGAUUUUUCGACCUUCCUCAUAUAGGUGUGACUCAAAUGGACCAUCCCCCCGUCCAACACCACCAGCUUAUACUCCGCUAUUCGUCCACGCCCAACUUCGUCCUUUGCGGAUGUACACGAAAGGUCUACCAUCAGAUUUAACACAUGAUCUGAAUUAUCGGGGCGCGCAUAGCACCAACAUACCCUUGAAAGCCGAUAUCAUCCUCUUCCAUCGUGAGCGUGACGACACAAAACCGUCCACUCCCAGAAGUAGCCAGGAACUGCAGCUUUUCUACCGAGCGUUCGAAAGGGGUCAAAAAGUAUUGUCAUCAUUGUGGGUGGAAGAUUCCAUCAAAAUAGGCAAAUUGCAAGAUGAGGGUCCCUAUGAGAUCUGGUUGGAUGAAAGUGAUAUACCUAAGAAGAGGGCAGCAGCUAUCAAAGCGGAUAAGAAAAGAACAACUCAGCAUGACACAAUGAGAUCUCUCUUUCAUAGAAGGAUUGAGCCUAACGAGCAGGAAACUUCUGCGAAGAAAGUUGAUGAGCAGAGCGAUAAGUCCGAAGUGUUGGAUUUGGGAUCGGAAUUAGAGAGUGAUGAAGAGUUUGAUGGCAUUGGCGGAAUAAGGAAAGUCGGUGAAAAGGAUCCGGUCACUUUACAUCAGUUCAAAUCCAGAACCAGCCCUCGAGCUUGA